AUAGUGGCAUUUCUCAGCACCGAAGAACUGAAUAUGGCUAUGCUCAAAGUCCUCAUACUUAUUUUGAUUUUUAACCAACAUGUUGCUGGUUUGAAAUGCAAAAGAGGUGAAAAAGUAUCCCGCAGUGGAAAUGGAUGUGAACCCUGCAAACCAGGCUCUUAUCAGGAUCAUGAAAAUACUUCAAAAUCUUGUAAAGCAUGUACAACGUGUGACUCUAAUCAUGGUAGUGUCAUUAAACAGGCUUGUACCGGAUUCACAAACACAAAAUGUGAGUGUCGUAAAGACUUUGUUCCAUGGGACAGUGAUUCUUCCAGCUGCAAAUGUGCCAAGGGAUUUAAACGAAUAGGAGGAGAAUGUAAACGAUGUGAAGAAGGAUUUUUCAUUACAUCUGAAAACUCAGACUGUAAAAAAUGGAAAGAAUGUAAAUCAGGGGUGAAAAUCAGUGGAACUGCAUCGUCAGAUGCCAUCUGUAAUGAGCCAAACAGUAAUACUCAAACCACUACACCUCCCACAUCAAACACAAUUAGUACUCUUCAAAGUUUAAUAACUCAACGUCCACAUGAGGGGGCCAAAACUCAGGGGAUGGAUACUGCUACUACUCCUCGAGUGGCCACUUCCACAAAGAAAGUGCUUCCAACUCCUCCUGUAUAUGCAGGCAACCACAUUGGUAUGGCCCUGCUUAUUUUCGGAAUUGUCGGACUAGUUGUACUAACUGUUGUGACCUGCAAGCUGCACAUCACUGACUGCUGGCACAAGCAAAAAACAGUACAACCAAUGGACUCCUUGUGCCUGUGA